AUGGAGAUGGCCAAGCUGCGACUGCUGUGUGCCGCCGUGGCGCUGCUCUGCGCGGCACCGCCGGGGCGUCCCGGGGCCGCGCUGCCCGCGGGAGAGGGGGACGGCUACGGCGUGAAGCUGUGCGGCCGCGAGUUCAUCCGCGCCGUCAUCUUCACCUGCGGCGGGUCCCGCUGGAAGCGGCUCUCCCUGCUGGCGGUGGAGCCGGCGCCCGCGGCCGAUUCUGCACAAACAGCAAGUAACAAACUACUGGGAAGCUUCAACCUGCAAUCUGUUUUGGACCCUGAAGUGGAGCAGCUGCAGAGAAGCAGCCCCUUUCUUGGAUGGGAGAUGUUGAAGGACUUGUAUAGUUUAAAUUACUAUAAUGAAUAUGUACCUGUUGCAGGCGACUUAAAAAAAGUUGCUCACCAGGUAGAGGAAGCUGCUCAGAAGGACAGGGGGGGAACAGGAAAUGCAAAUCCAGUGGAAUCAAGCAGCUACCUUUGGGCCAGGUAUCCCAGAAGAAAACGAGAGUCUCUGGGUUUGGCAGGAAUGUGUUGUAAAUGGGGGUGUACAAAAGCUGAAAUUAGUACUAUAUGCAGAGUUUAA